AAAACCCUAGCGGAAUUACUCCAAUACCUUCUUCUUCUUCAUCUCAAGAAACGAACGUGUCAGUCUGUACGGUCAAGAAGGAUCUGAAACCUCUGCAGAAUCCAUGGCGAACCCGAGGGUCUUCUUCGACAUGACGAUCGGCGGCCAGCCGGCCGGCCGGAUUGUGAUGGAGCUCUACGCUGACACCACCCCCCGCACCGCGGAGAACUUCCGCGCCCUCUGCACCGGCGAGAAGGGCGUUGGCCGCUCCGGCAAGCCCCUCCACUACAAGGGGUCGACCUUCCACCGUGUGAUCCCGGGGUUCAUGUGCCAAGGUGGUGACUUCACCGCCGGGAACGGCACCGGUGGCGAGUCGAUCUACGGGGCGAAGUUCGCCGACGAGAACUUCAUCAGGAAGCACACCGGCCCGGGAGUGCUGUCCAUGGCGAACGCCGGCCCAGGGACGAACGGGUCCCAGUUCUUCGUCUGCACUGCCAAGACCGAGUGGCUGGACGGGAAGCACGUGGUGUUCGGGCAGAUCGUGGAGGGGAUGGACGUGGUGAAGGCGGUGGAGAAGGUGGGGUCGAGCUCCGGCAGGACCUCGAAGCCGGUGGUUGUCGCGGACUGCGGCCAGCUGUCUUAAAUGGUGCCGCCUGAGAUCUAGGUUAACCAUGGCGGUGUCUUAUGUCCCUACUCGUUUUUAAUCUGUUUGCUUAUGGUGUCUGGGUCCUUUUUUUUUUUUUUUCUGGAGUUGGUUUAUCGCAUGUGUGAUGGGGUGAUGGAUCGGGACUGGCUGUCUCUGUUAUGAACGAUGAUGGGCUUGAGCUAUUAUUAACUUUGGAAUAAGAUAGAACUGUCUUCAGACAUUUGGCCGCCA